GGCGCAGAUAUGGGAGUUGUAAUAAACAUAUAAAAUUUUAUAUUUGUAUGACACUCUUGAUACAUAAAUUGCAGUAUGAUUUAUUGUUUGUAUUUUUGGAAGUGCGUCUGAAAUCAUGAGCAUGUGAAAGCCCAUAUAACAGCAAAAUGUAUACUGCAACAUCUUUCCAAUAGCUCAAUGUAUAAAAGUUAUUCAACACCUGAAGAUUCUGGCCUUUGAAUAUUUUGAAUAAUGACAUGCCAAAAUAUUAUGAAAAUCUGACUGUUUUCCUGUUUUUCAAAUAAAAUCUGAAAAAGUCGGGAAAUCGGUUCAUCACCUAUCAAAACUUUAGCGCAAUUAUUCGUCUAAAUGAAAGAAUUUUAUUCUGCAAUUGUUUCAAAUGGUUCCAUACAAAUUUAAGAGGAAGGUUUAAGAAAUGACCGAUUUCUACGGCAAUUGAAGGAAUGGGAACUUGGAGCCCGGUGUCUAAUACCUUAAUAUUAAAACUUAUUCAGUAUCAAACUUAUGCAGCAUGACCAAAAGGUCUGUCAUGUGUAGUGAGGUAUUUUAGUGACAUCGUACUUGUCUCAUCAUCUAGUUAGUAAUGAGAUACGGGUUUUUUUUUGUUUUUUUUGCUCUUAUUUACAUUUUUUCUUUAUUAUGUACCAUAUAUUUUGUUCCACUGUCAAGUAAAUGCCUUUCCAAACGCCGAAUAUUUCAUUACAUCAGGAGCAGCCAUUAAAACCAAACACAUCACCAGAUACAUUUUUUUAACGGGAUUAACCUAAGCAUUUGAGCUGCCAUAUUGAAUUGAAAGGCGGUUUAUAACGGGAUGCAAUCAAAUGCCCCCACCAAAACAAAACGUCUUUGUUUAUUAACUUAUUUCUUUUGCGGUUUUUUUCCAUACUCAAAUCACAUAUCAAAUGGGGUACAAUGUUUUCUUUAGAUGGAACAACGGUAAGUACUAAAACAUUUGAAGUAUUAGAGCGAUAAUUGAUGCGUUUUCGUUGCGUUGGUGGAAUUGCCAUUUCAUCGGAACACUUAGAUGAAUCAGAUACUAUCUUUAGACGUAAUUUUUGUAUUUAGCAAGUUGUUGCUACACACGCGUCAAAGUUAUUCUUGUUGAGGUUUUCCGGGUAAUUCAUUACGGAUAAAGAAACAGUAUAAAAAAUUAUAUUAGAUAAUUAGAAGGAUUUUUAUGUAACGUAUUGUUUAAAACAGGGUAUUUAAGUCGUUAUCAGAGCUGUGUUUGUCAUUCAAGAAAAGAACGAGGAAGACAUAUCAGUCUAUUUGAUUUACAUAUUCAUAAUACAAAUAGAAAAUGAAGUCAUUAGUUGUGCUUUUUGCCUUAGUUGCAGGAGCAAUUACCAUGGAUGUUACUGGACCAACACCUCCGCCUGUUCCAUGUCCCAACAGCAUGUGUGCUGGCCAUUCUGAUGGAAAUUACAAUUACGACCACCCCAAUAAUGGUAAAAAAGAUAACUAUUUUGUACAAUGCGUCGGUGGAAAAGCUUAUUGUCAAGCAUGUUGGCCAAUGAACAUGAAAUUCAAAAAAGAAUGCAAUCAAUGUUUGUAUAGUAUGGAUGAUGCUUGUCACACUACACAAUCAUGGGCACCAGUUCCAACAUACACCUGCCCUGAUGAGUGCCCAAGCAGAGGACCAAACUUCAAAGGAAACAUUAGAGAUCCUUCCCAAUCAAAACAUUACGUUGCUUGCUGGAAUGGUGUCACUGUCGGAUGUGUCAAUUGCCCAGCUGGACUUGAAUUCAACGAGGAGAAGAAUGCUUGUCUCUACGAUGGAAAAUAUUAUACCAAACCCUUGUAAAUGUAGCAUAAAAUUUACUUAAAAAGAGAAAAAGAAAUUAACGUAUUAUUUUAGGUGCAUUAAAUACAAUUUGUCUAUGUUAUAAUCAAAUAAAUCAUAUAAUGAUAUAAACAACAGUUUAUUCUUUCUAUGUAUAUUUUUUUCUUCAAUCAAUGUCUUAGAUGUAAACGAACAUCAGUUGUUGCUGUCCCUAUUUCUAUUCUCUUUGUCGUGGAACCGCUGUGUGUUGUCAUCGGUCUUAUUGCAUUCACGGUUACUGUAUUUGUAACUCUGUCAAAGCGCAUCAUUGAUAUCACAGAUUAGUUACCAUGAUGUUUUUAAAAGUGUUUUAACCUUAGGUUUGGUCUUAGUUCUGUGUUGAUGAGAAUC